AUGCCGACUGAAUGUAAACAUCCAAUUAUCUUACCCAAGAACCAUCACAUUUCAACUUCGAUUCUCAGACAAAUUCAUGAAGACUUGAAACACAGCGGUAGAAACCAUAUGAUGGCAGUCUUGAGAGAGAAGUAUUGGCUUGUUCAUGCAGUUUCAGCAAUACGAAAACUUAUUUCUAAGUGCACGAUAUGUCGUCGUCAAGGAUCAAAUGUUGGAGAACAAAAAAUGGCCAAUUUACCAGAAGAUAGAUUGAUCCCAGAUGAACCACCAUUCACCAGAGCAGACGUAGAUUAUUUUGGACCAUUUAUUGUGAACCAAAGAAAAGUCAUGUGA